CUGGCCGAGUUUGCGCUGGAGGAGGGAGUCCCUAUCCCACUAACGUUACCGUCAGACGCCAAGUCUAGCAGUACCGUCUUCAGCGCAGUCUGCUGCUACUGGCCGAGUUUGCGCUGGAGGAGGGAGUCCCUAUCCCACUAACGUUACCGUCAGACGCCAAGUCUAGCAGUACCGUCUUCAGCGCAGUCUGCUUCAGCACCUUGCCUGCCUGGCUGCCUGCAAUGCCCUUGGAUACUGCCGUCCCUCUCAUCGCUACACAAUUGACAUUAUUCUGAACGAGAGAAUAAUAGCUGGAAAAGUCUUCAGGACAGGGCGAAGGAUACUGGAUUUAUAUUACCGUGUGACGGCGUUCAGUGUCUUUAUUUAUGUGAGCCUGUAUGGGGCGAAUGGAGAGGAGGGUGCAUCGAUAAUUGAGAGAGCAGAGCAGGACUUGCUGCCUGCUGCAGAAAACCUGACGGCUCGGUGGAUUUGGAUUUGUUGUUGGGACCAGCAGUCCGGUGCGGGGUUGCGCGUCAUAUCAAAGGAUUUCUCCAGACGGAGCGCUUCUACUUUUUGAAACCUGAGUUCUAAAAAACCAACUUGCAUGGAUACAACAUCAUGGCUACGUUUGUAUGCAGGGUACAGUUCUUAGAUGAUACUGAUCCAUUCAACAGCACCAAUUUUCCUGAGCCGACCAGACCGCCUCAGUACACUUUCAGGGAAGAUAUCCCCCUUAUCAAUCAGAUUGCUGGAGUCCACAGGCUUCUCAAAGCCCCACACAAGCUUGAUGACUGUGCCCUCCAGCUCUCCCAAAAUGGGAGCUACCUGGACUUGGAGUCUACCCUGGCAGAACAGAGAGAUGAACUCGAGGGCUUUCAGGAGGGAGGAAGAGGCAAGAAGCACAGCAUCAUCCUCCGGACACAGUUAUCUGUCAGAGUUCACGCUUGUAUCGAGAAACUCUACAACUCAAAUGGACGGGAGCUGAGGAGAGCCCUGUUUUCCCUCAAACAGAUCUUUCAGGAUGACAAGGACCUGGUCCAUGAGUUUGUGGUGUCUGAAGGACUGACAUGUCUAAUCAAGGUCGGAGCUGAAGCAGACCAGAACUACCAGAAUUACAUCCUCAGGGCUCUGGGACAGAUCAUGCUGUAUGUGGAUGGAAUGAACGGCCUCAUAAGUCACAACGAAACCGUCCAAUGGCUUUACACACUCGUUGGAUCCAAGUUCCGUCUGGUAGUGAAGACAGCUCUGAAACUGUUACUGGUGUUUGUGGAGUACACUGAACCCAACACUGCCCUGCUCAUCCAUGCUGUCAACACCGUGGACACCAAGAGAGGCUGUAAGCUGUGGUCCAAUGCCAUGGAGAUUCUGGAGGAGAAGGAUGGGGUGGACACAGAGCUGCUGGUGUAUGCCAUGACCCUCAUCAACAAGACUCUAGCGGGCCUGCCUGACCAGGACUCAUUCUAUGACGUGGUGGACUGUUUGGAGGAGCAGGGCAUGGAGGCCAUGUCUCAGAGACACCGUAGCAGGAAGGGAACAGACCUGGACCUCAUGGAGCAGUUUAACAUCUACGAGACUGCUCUGCGCCAUGAGGACGGGGACGACGAGAGCCAGCCACCUACCGUGGGUCGGAAGAACCGGCGGCGUGCCAGCGUGGGGGGUACCAACGACCGGCGAGGCCUGGAGAGGAGACGCAGCCGGAGACACUCCCUCCAGAACGGGAGAGGACUCACCUCAGCCCCCGCUUCCCCCAGCAGCCCUCACUCUCAUGGAGGACACAACGGUAGCUUCCUGCCCUUCGGAGGCCAGGGCAUUGACGACGUCAGCGAAAGCCGACACAUAGGCCACGUCAUGGCGCUCCCUGGCAGGUCCCAGGGUGUAGCCAGCGCCAGCGCCCCCACCACCCCUGUACACCGCUCCCAGGGUGUUGCCAGCGCCCCCACCACCCCUGUACACCGCACCUUUGCCACAUCAGGGGCACCACAGCUGGACUCCAAGUCUGACAGACCUUCUCUGGGGAGCUUGUUGUCCUCCUCCUACAGACAACACCAGGAGUCUCUGACUGCAGAGAGAGAGAGGAGGAGACAAGAGAGGGAGGAACGACUGCUGAAAAUCGAGAGGGAGGAGAGGACCCGCUUCAAUCGGGAUUACAUGGACAAGAGGGAAGAGACAAGACAGGCCAGAGAAGAGAGAUAUAAGUGCGUUGAGAGGCUCGCAGCAGAGGAGUAUGAGAAAGAGAGAGAGCGCACGAGAGCGCCACCCAGGGGGCGCACAGAGAUCACCCUGAGCCUGAGCCCCACCCCCUCCAGUCGCUCCGCCUCCCCCCGCUGUGCCACGCCCUCCUCCAUUGCCUCUCCGGAAGACGCUGGCACCAUUCCAUCCCAGACAUCCCAGACAUCCCAGACGCAGGGAAGUGAAGUAGACGUAGAGCCAAGCCGUGACCUUCAGACUAGAACUACAAGUCCAGCGCCAGAGUUAAUAGUAUCAGGACCUUCUCCAGAACCCACAGAGCCCCCCUCCCAAACCCCCUCCCAAACUCCCCCGGCGCCAGCCGAGGAGCAGGCAGAGACAGAGACGCAGACAGAGAAGCAGGAAGUAGCUGAAGUUGAGUCCAAGCAGGAAGUACUAGAGCUAGUGGAGUUAGCGGUAGAUGAACAGACACAGGGUAAAGAGCAAGAAGAAAGUGAGGAGGAGGAGGAGGGUAAGGAGGAAGAGAGACAGUCAGGGAAUGAGGUAGAGGGAGAAGAGAAGGUAGAGGUAGAGGGAGAAGAGGUGGAGAUAGAAGAUGUAGAAGUGGUAGAGAUAGAGGUGGAGGAGGAGGGAGAGAGGGAGCAGGCUGCGUCGGAGGAGAGGGAGGUGGAGGAGAGGCUGGUCCUCCUCAGUGAGAAGGAGAGGCAGAAUGAGGAAGUGAAUGAGAAGGACAACUGUUCUGCCUCCAGUAUCUCCUCAGCCAGUAGCACUCUGGAGAGAGAGGAGAGGGAGGAGAAAGUCAACAGCAACCUUGAACCAGGCCAGUGCAUUAAGGAGGAAGACGUGAACGGGCAGUGCAGCAAGAUCCUCAACAGCAAGCGCUUCAUGCUGGACAUGCUCUAUGCCCAGAACAAGACCACUGCCGACGAGGACGAAGAGAAGGCGGGAGAGACAGAACAGACGGAGAAAUGCAAAGAGGGGAUGGAGACGUCAUCGCUAGAGGGUCAGGACGGGUCGUCGGUGGCCAGCUUAGCCAGUCGUAUCUCUACACUGGAGGCCAGCAGGCAGGCCUGCGAGGAGAACGUCAAGAAGAUGGAGGUGCAACACCUGGAGAACCAGGGGAGCGUCAGGGCCGCGGCCGAGAAAUUUGGAGACCUUGUUAAAAGCCUUGUGUCGCCUCACGAGCUGGAGGCAUUGGAGAAGCAGCAGCAAGGGCAGCUUCAACCAGAUAAAGACAAAGCUCCUCCGGCCCCGUCCUCUUCUCCCCUACCUCCUAAGAAGGAGUCAGAUUAUAUCUGGGACCAGCUGAUGGCAGCCCCCAGGGAGCUGCGGAUUAAAGAGAUGGACUUUACAGACCUGGCAGACGAGGAUGAUCUGGACAUCUUAGACGUGGACAGUGUGCUGAUGGGCUCCAGUGACCUGAUGAUCCCUCCCCCUCCUCCCUGUCUCUCCACCCUGCCCCCUCCCCCUCCCCUGGGCCUGUUCGGCUGCCCCCCGCCCCCUCCUGUCCCUGGCAUGAUGCCCCCUCCCCCGCGCUUCAUGCCCCCCGGACCCACCCAGCCCUACCCGGGGUCCCCCCAGCUGAGCCGAGGGACAGGGGAGCCCCCUCUGUUCCAAAAGAAGAAGAAGACUAUCCGUCUCUUCUGGAACGAGGUAAGGCCCAUGGACGGCCAGUACAGGAACCACAAGCGUUGUAGAGAGUCUCUCUGGUCCAAACUGGAGCCGGUCAAAGUGGACACGUCCAAGCUGGAACACCUGUUUGAAACCAAGUCCAAGGAGCUGCCUGUUACCAAGAAAACAGCAGUGGAUGGGAAACGACAAGAGAUUAUUGUCCUGGACUCCAAACGGAGCAAUGCCAUCAACAUCGGGCUGACCGUCCUCCCCCCUCCCCGCACCAUCAAGACAGCCAUCCUCAACUUCGACGAGUACGCUUUGAACAAGGAGGGGAUCGAGAAAAUCCUGACGAUGAUCCCGACGGAGGAGGAGAAGCAGAGGAUCCAGGAUGCUCAGCUGGUGAACCCUGACGUCCCCCUGGGAUCAGCAGAGCAGUUCCUCCUCACCCUGUCCUCCAUCACAGAGCUGUCCGCCCGGCUGCAGCUCUGGGCCUUCAAGAUGGACUACGAGGUCACGGAGAAGGAAGUGGCAGAGCCUCUGCAGGACCUUAAGGAAGGGAUGGACCAACUGGAGAAGAACAAGACGCUGCGUUACAUCCUGUCCACGCUGCUGGCUAUAGGCAACUUCCUUAACGGAUCCAACGCGAAGGGCUUCGAGCUGGGUUACCUGGAGAAGGUUCCGGAGGUAAAGGACACGGUUCAUAAGCAGUCUCUACUGCACCAUGCCUGUUCCAUUGUGGUGGAGAAGUUUCCAGACAGCUCAGACCUGUACUCUGAGAUAGGAGCCAUCACCCGCUCGGCUAAGGUGGACUUCGACCAGCUCCAAGACAACCUGAGCCAGAUGGAGCGACGCUGCAAAGCAUCGUGGGACCACCUCAAGGUCAUCGCCAAGCACGAGAUGAAGCCUGCGCUCAAACAGAAGAUGUCUGACUUCCUAAAGGACUGUGCAGAGAGAAUCAUCAUCUUGAAGAUAGUCCAUCGGAGAAUUAUCAACCGGUUCCAUGCCUUCCUGUUGUUCCUGGGCCAUCCAGCGUACGCUGUGCGGGAGGUCAGCAUCCACCGCUUUAGUAAGAUCCUCAGUGAGUUUGCCCUGGAGUACCGGACAACACGGGAACGCGUCCUGCAACAAAAACAGAAGAGGGCCAACCACAGAGAGAGGAACAAGACCAGAGGAAAGAUGAUCACAGAUAGUGAGGAUGAAGAGGAUGGUAAGGAUGGAAAGUUUGGCGGUAGCGCCCCGGGGCCUGUAAGCCAGGAGGGCGUGCUGACGCAGGGUCUGCAGUACGCUGAGGAUGCAGCGGAGCAUGAGAACAUGAAGGCAGUGCUGAAGAGCAGCUUGCAGGGCUGCAGUGACAGUGGAGCGUCCACCGUGCCAGGCCUACGUACACGCACCAGAGCCAGCAGGCCAGGCCGUGUGGGUCCUUGGGGCUCAUCAGUGAUUGAAGACCCACCUAAUUGCACAGAGACAGACGCUGCAGAUGAGAUCAUGGAGCGCAUCGUCAGGUCAGCCACUCAGGGGCCCAGGACACGGACAGAGCCUCGCGAGAGGAAGAGGUCCAGAGCCAACCGCAAGUCACUGAGAAGAACACUGAAAAGCGGUCUGACGCCAGAGGAGGCCAAUGCCUUGGGGUUGUCCAGUGGUUCAGAGAUGGCUGUGUGACAGGAAGAGAAGUAGAGCUGGAUCCGGCAGCACAGCACACACAGACACCUGGGAAACCCUCUUACCGCCCGCCCCGCCCUUCACUGACCCCUGACCUCUAACCCCUGCUCAUCCAGCCAGCCAGUCAACUGCUGCACCAUAGCUUCGCUUGGUCUUUCCCCUGGUUCAGCUUUAUGAUGACUGUAGCUCAUCUUCCUGUCUGUGGUUUGUGCAGGUAGCUGUGACACAGUGUUCCACCUGGUUAAGAUGUUCAGGAAGAGACCAUGAGGAAUAUGGUCCUCAUCCAGGAUAAUAGAUGGUUUUCAGUGGAACAAAGUGGUAUUCGUAUAGGGGCAGUUAAAGGGGUUCAGUGAUCCAGCUGACUCAGCUCCACACACACACACUCAGGUAAAGUUCAGCAUCCAAACCACUACACUAUGCUGCUGUGCCGACUUGAGUGUUUCUUAAUGGUGUUGUUCCAAUCAGUUGUUUCUCCUAACCUUUGAAUAUGAGGCUGAGGCCUUUGAGGAACAGCUCACAUCCCAACUGUAAGUCUUAAUCACUUGAUGAAGCCCACAGUGACCACAUGACUAGUGGUGAAUCUCAGUUGUAUUUCCUUGAUUCCUCGUGUCUUCUAUCCUCACCUGUCUACACAAGGCAUUGGAGGACUAGAUCUGAGGUUCGUCCUCCCUAACCUUUUCCUCAAUUGAGAUUCACCCUAUGACUGAAAGAUACAAACUGAGACUUACCUACACAGAAGACAUUUAGCCUCAGGACUUCUAAAGGGAGGGACUUGCGAGUGCUUGAAUCACUGUGGACUUGUGUCUGAACCAAAAAGGCCUCGGAGUUGAAUAGUAAAGAAGUUAGCAUUGACGCUAAAUAAGUUAGCAUUGACGCUAAAUAAGUUAGCAUUGAUGCUAAAUUAGUUAGCAUCGAUGCUAAAUAAGUUAGCAUUGAUGUUAAAGACGUUAACAUUGAUGUUAAAGACGUUAGCAUUGAUGUUAUCUAUCCCCACUUAUGAUGAGCUUGUGUGUUGGGCUUGGUGUCAGAUAGUAUUUUUAGUUUGAACAAUUUUUGUUUAUAUAAAAAAAAAAAAUGUCUGUGUCCACAGGCUGUUUUGUUCUACUAUACUACUGUGGUAGUUUUUUGGGUUUUAAAAUACUUUAAUGUGUGAGAAAAAGGUGCUCAGAGAAGGAAUAUUUGCACUGGAUGUAGAAGUUGGAUAUUUAGAGGAAAGGAAGGGGAAAUCCUUGACACACACUGAUGUACCAAUCAGAUAUCAGAUGAAUGAAAGAAUUCCCCCAGACAGAACCAAUAAUGAAACAGUAGCACAACUGAUUAUACACUCUAAUUUCAGAGGAAAAGUGAACAUAUUCCUUUGACUUCUGCAAACUAAAAUGUUUCCAAUUUUGCAUGUUGUUGAUUCAGUUGGAUUUUAUACCGAUGGAACAAACUGGAAUUCCAAGAGGACACACCAUGAUGUGUUAAGAGGGAAGGUAUCAUUUACUACAUACAAUUGAAUUACUGGUUUCCACUUUUAAAAAAACACAUAGCAUAUCAGAGUCAUCAACGUUGGUGAGAACAGUCUGUGAGCGGACAAGUGUACAGAAGGGACGAUGCUACUGGGUCCAGACAGACUGACGUCUGUCAAUCACGCGUAGCGAAUGUUACAGCUUUAGCCUAUAGGCCUGCCUACAACAUACAUGUUCCAGCUUUAACCUAUAGGCCUGCCUAGUACCUACAAUUACACACGUGUUGCAUGCAUGACACCAGUGUUACGCAAGCUCCUGCUGUUGUUCGCUGCAAAGCCUUCUUCUAUGGUUGAGACAUACUUAUUGUGGAGUGGUAGAACCGACAGGGAGAUAUAUUUACACUAGUUACAUUUACGUACUCUCUCUUUACUCUCUGUGUCAAAGAGUUAGGCAACAUUUAACAAUUGUUUAAAAAAGUAAGAGAUGAAUAAUUGGUUAUUAUAGAAAAACGAUAUGAGCUUCAACUGAAUGAGUGCCUUUUAUAGACAAGUCUAUUUAUUCAGUAAUGUUCAGGGAGAUAUUUGUUACAGAAAAUGUUACUGUGUGUAAUGAAAGGACUUCCUCCUUAGGUCAAUUCAACAGCUGUGACUUCCUGUUUUCAUUCUUUCCUAGAUGAAUACAUGUCAGUACUAUGUUCCAUGGCUUUAUGUCUUGGAAACAGUUCUCCUCUUCCAUUUGCACAUUGCAGUUUUAUUUCGAAUCACAACUAAACUAGGGUUAUAGCUAAUUGUCUAAUGACAAUAUUUCCAUUUUAGCAGUUUUGUCACAAAAAAUGAUCUACAAAAAGAUAUUAGUUGUUUCCAUUUGCCUUAAUGUAGAAUAAGGGCAUAUAGUAUAUCUGAACGUUCCUACACUGUUGACUUUUAUUGAGGUGUAGUGGUUACAGUCAGCUAGAUAGCUCGUUUUUUAAAGUGCAUAAUUCCAGUUUACAUUUGGAAUUGUGUAGAGAAUUGUAUGACGAUUCUACACAGUCACAAACAUUCACUGUGAUGGAAACAGCCAUUGUCGACUAAACAUGAAAGAAUAUAUGCUUGCAGCAACACAAGCCACAACAAAACAGUCACACACCUACAAGUAUAUGUCUUUCUCAUGGAGAACUUACAAUUUGGUAUGAAACUAUCCAGCACCUUAUACACCAUUUGUAGCAUGCGUCUUUCAUUGAGGAAAAGCAGAACAUUAACAGUGAGAAAGUAUAUUCUUUCAGCCUUUUUCUCAGAUGGUCAUUUGGAGUAUUGUAACUCUGAGUACAUGUAAAGUAAUAAUGGGGGAAGAAUGCUGUAAAAUGAUGUAAAUGUCACAACGAUGUGUUUUAUGUCUUUCACUUGUUGGUAUUUUGUAUAGAAUAGUGUAUUAUAGGUUAAACAAAGCAGUGUUAUUCUAUGGAAAUUGUAAUUUAAGUGAAAACCAAACCAUGCAUGGUUUUAAAAAAUGUCUACAGAUGAGGCGUGUCACGUCAUGUUAUGGAUAAAGGGAGAUUUUCAGAGGCUUUAGCGUUUGUUAUGUUUUAUUGUUUCCCCUCCCCACAUGACUUGAAACACAUUAGGAUAGACGGAGUGGUCGAUGUAACCACCUAGGACUGGAUUCAAUCUGUAUCGCUGAACUUCAGCGUUACCACCUAGGACUGGAUUCAAUCUGUAUCGCUGAACUUCAGCGUUACCACCUAGGACUGGAUUCAAUCUGUAUCGCUGAACUUCAGCGUUACCACCUAGGACUGGAUUCAAUCUGUAUCGCUGAACUUCAGCGUUACCACCUAGGACUGGAUUCAAUCUGUAUCGCUGAACUUCAGCGUUACCACCUAGGACUGGAUUCAAUCUGUAUCGCUGAACUUCAGCGUUACCACCUAGGACUGGAUUCAAUCUGUAUCGCUGAACUUCAGCGUUACCACCUAGGACUGGAUUCAAUCUGUAUCGCUGAACUUCAGCGUUACCACCUAGGACUGGAUUCAAUCUGUAUCGCUGAACUUCAGCGUUACCACCUAGGACUGGAUUCAAUCUGUAUCGCUGAACUUCAGCGUUACCACCUAGGACUGGAUUCAAUCUGUAUCGCUGAACUUCAGCGUUACCACCUAGGACUGGAUUCAAUCUGUAUCGCUGAACUUCAGCGUUACCACCUAGGACUGGAUUCAAUCUGUAUCGCUGAACUUCAGCGUUACCACCUAGGACUGGAUUCAAUCUGUAUCGCUGAACUUCAGCGUUACCACCUAGGACUGGAUUCAAUCUGUAUCGCUGAACUUCAGCGUUACCACCUAGGACUGGAUUCAAUCUGUAUCGCUGAACUUCAGCGUUACCACCUAGGACUGGAUUCAAUCUGUAUCGCUGAACUUCAGCGUUACCACCUAGGACUGGAUUCAAUCUGUAUCGCUGAACUUCAGCGUUACCACCUAGGACUGGAUUCAAUCUGUAUCGCUGAACUUCAGCGUUACCACCUAGGACUGGAUUCAAUCUGUAUCGCUGAACUUCAGCGUUACCACCUAGGACUGGAUUCAAUCUGUAUCGCUGAACUUCAGCGUUACCACCUAGGACUGGAUUCAAUCUGUAUCGCUGAACUUCAGCGUUACCACCUAGGACUGGAUUCAAUCUGUAUCGCUGAACUUCAGCGUUACCACCUAGGACUGGAUUCAAUCUGUAUCGCUGAACUUCAGCGUUACCACCUAGGACUGGAUUCAAUCUGUAUCGCUGAACUUCAGCGUUACCACCUAGGACUGGAUUCAAUCUGUAUCGCUGAACUUCAGCGUUACCACCUAGGACUGGAUUCAAUCUGUAUCGCUGAACUUCAGCGUUACCACCUAGGACUGGAUUCAAUCUGUAUCGCUGAACUUCAGCGUUACCACCUAGGACUGGAUUCAAUCUGUAUCGCUGAACUUCAGCGUUACCACCUAGGACUGGAUUCAAUCUGUAUCGCUGAACUUCAGCGUUACCACCUAGGACUGGAUUCAAUCUGUAUCGCUGAACUUCAGCGUUACCACCUAGGACUGGAUUCAAUCUGUAUCGCUGAACUUCAGCGUUACCACCUAGGACUGGAUUCAAUCUGUAUCGCUGAACUUCAGCGUUACCACCUAGGACUGGAUUCAAUCUGUAUCGCUGAACUUCAGCGUUACCACCUAGGACUGGAUUCAAUCUGUAUCGCUGAACUUCAGCGUUACCACCUAGGACUGGAUUCAAUCUGUAUCGCUGAACUUCAGCGUUACCACCUAGGACUGGAUUCAAUCUGUAUCGCUGAACUUCAGCGUUACCACCUAGGACUGGAUUCAAUCUGUAUCGCUGAACUUCAGCGUUUUAGCGUGAUUGAAAAUGUUCCUGCAUUAGCAUAGACUGCAUUCAUGGUAAACACUGCAUAUGUCGGCUCCAUCUGAAAGGAUGCCAUCUGUAACGCUUCAGCCCCUAGUACUCCUAUGGAACCUUCAGCAGCCUUUCAUUACAUUGCACUCAAUAAAACAUGGAGUGUGUCCCAAAUGGCACCCUAUUCCCUAUAGAGUGCACUACUUCUUCUUCUUUUUUUUUUUUACCAGGACCCAUAGAGUCCAAAAGUAGUGUACUGUGUAGGGAAUGGGGUGCCAUUUGGGAUGCAGACCAUGCUUUCUGUGAUUGGCUAUAUUAUCUCCUUCUCCCCCACUGCUGUACUGUAAGUCAGUGUGGGACUUGGACACAAGCACAUCCAGACUCAGUGAGCUUUUCUUGCGUCUUCGCCCCUCUAACAACAACUGUAUGUAUGAACAUCUGGCAAUAAAAGAUCUCUUAAGAAACA